UUUGGCGCCGGCCGCUACCAAAUCUACGCCAAAGAUCACAGAGAAAAGAGAAGAAUUCCACACUGAAGAAUAAUAAAGCAUGGCAGAUCCUAGUGCCAUUGUACCAUACAUUGACCCGUACGAUCGCCCAUUGACCGACAACAUCAAUUUCGAUUUCAUGAACGACUCCACCCCCACUCUUGCCGAUUUAUCAUCGUUUGCUCUACCAACAUCUCCCGAUUUUGCGGCAGUUGAGCAUUUACUCGACGUUGACCCCUCUGAGGAUCCGGCUGCGGGGGAUAUGCGCGAUGACUCUAAUAAUAGUGGAGCGGGGAACAAGUCUCAGGCGGCGGGCCCCUCGGCGAGUGCCAAUGAUGGAAAUGCGAGGCCGCUUUUCGCUUGGCCUGUGGCACCAAUCCCAUUUAAUUGUAGCUGUUGCCAUGUGCUCAGAGAAAUCAUUUACUGUAAUGGGACCAAUACCAAGAAACUUGAGAUACAUGGAAGACUCGGUAUGAUCUGUCAUGCUGUUCUUGAGGAUCUGCAAAAUGUUAAUCGGAAUUCUUCGAGCAAUCAGUAUCAGAUGUUUGAUUUUUGUAAGAAAAGCAUAGAGGACGUCAAGCAGUUUUUAAUGAAGUACUGUUUGGAGCAAAAUAUAGCGGGCUAUGUUAUGGUGCCAGAUCCGUUAGCGACUUAUUAUGAAGCCCUCUGUGUUGGACUAGAAUGGGACGAUGAUGAUGUUCUUCUUGAUGACUUGAAUUUUCAACCAUCCCCUACGAAUUCAGGAGGAGCACGUCCAAUGAAUGAACCAGAGGCCACAAGGCCGACACAUAAGGUUUCCCUUGCAGCACAGAGGGAAAGAGCGGGAAAGUUAACGCUAAACGAGUUGGGCCGUUACUUCAAUCUUCCUAUAGAGGAAGCGGCCAGGAGAUUGAAUCUGUGCCCAACUGUUCUGAAGAAGAUAUGCCGGAGAGAUGGAAUGAAUCGAUGGCCUCACAGAAAGGUUAAAAGCCUGCAGAAGCAAAUAUCAAGUCUGAGAGCAAGUUUAGAGUCAAAUAUCAAUGCAGAGGCAAGAGCAAAUGCUCGAGCUGAAAUUGACAGACUUGAGCAAGAACUAACCAACGUUUGUCGUGGGGUUACAUUACGAUGAUCACGUGAAGAAUAUUGUACUUUUGUGCUUAGAUCUUGGAAAUUAGAGUUCUCCAAUUUUUGCAUCUAUGAG